CGUAUACGUAAUUUUUUAUUUAAUAUUUUUCUCCUCCGUCGAGCGCACGUUACUUACAAAUGGAGGGAGGAUUCUCAAACGCGCCUGGGCGCCAAAAUUUCAGAAGCUUCUCCCAGAAGAAGCCCGCGGUCCGCCAAACCAGACCCUAAUUUUAAAUCUUCCCGUCAACUCCAUUUAAACCCCCCUUCUAUUCUACGCUCUCCCCUCCCGAUACCAUCGCUUGCUCUCCCCUAUUUCCUUAUCGUCUAUCUGUUCGACGGAAUUCCUCACCGAGGAGAAAGCCUAAUCCAAAACCCCUCCAAGUCUUCUAUAGCCGGAGGAUUCGAGAUGUAUGUGGUGAAGAGGGACGGGCGGCGGGAGGCCGUCCACUUCGACAAGAUCACAGCGAGGCUUAAGAAGCUGAGCUACGGCCUGAGCCCGGAGCACUGCGAUCCCGUGCUUGUGGCCCAGAAGGUAUGCGCCGGGGUCUACAAGGGCGUCACCACCAGCCAACUUGACGAGCUCGCCGCCGAGACCGCUGCCGCCAUGACUGCUAGCCACCCCGACUACGCCUCGCUUGCCGCUAGGAUUGCAGUCUCGAAUCUUCACAAGAACACGAAGAAGUCGUUCUCAGAGACGGUCAAGAUGAUGUACAAUCACAUCAAUGAGAGAUCUGGGCAGGAGGCCUCUUUGAUUGCUGAUGAUGUUUAUGAGAUCAUCAUGAAGAAUGCUGCUCGUUUGGACAGUGAGAUAAUUUAUGACCGAGAUUUCGAUUAUGACUACUUUGGAUUUAAAACUCUCGAGAGGUCCUAUCUCUUAAAAGUUUCUGGAAAAGUAGUAGAAAGGCCGCAGCACAUGCUGAUGAGAGUUGCUGUUGGAAUCCACAAGGAUGAUAUUGACUCUGCAAUCAGAACAUAUCAUUUGAUGUCUCAGCGGUGGUUCACUCAUGCAUCACCUACCUUGUUUAAUUCAGGGACUCCUAGGCCUCAAUUAAGCAGCUGCUUCUUGGUUUGCAUGAAAGAUGAUAGCAUUGAGGGAAUAUAUGAUACUUUAAAGGAAUGUGCUGUUAUAAGCAAAUCUGCUGGAGGAAUUGGCAUAUCUGCUCACAAUAUUCGUGCAACUGGUAGUUAUAUCCGUGGGACAAAUGGGACAUCUAAUGGCAUUGUUCCAAUGUUGAGGGUUUUUAAUGAUACUGCUCGUUAUGUUGAUCAAGGGGGUGGCAAGAGAAAAGGUGCAUUUGCGGUGUAUUUGGAGCCUUGGCAUGCUGAUAUUUUUGAAUUCCUUGAUCUUAGAAAGAAUCAUGGAAAGGAAGAGCACAGAGCUCGAGAUCUGUUUUAUGCCCUCUGGAUUCCUGAUUUGUUCAUGAAAAGGGUCCAAAGUAAUGGACAAUGGUCCUUAUUUUGCCCUAAUGAAGCUCCAGGAUUGGCUGAUUGUUGGGGUGAUGAAUUUGAAAAGCUGUACGCAAAGUACGAGAGUGAGGGCAAGGCCAAGAAGGUUGUUGCAGCACAGAACCUCUGGUUUGAAGUCCUGAAGUCCCAGAUAGAAACUGGGACACCAUACAUGCUUUUCAAGGACACAUGUAAUAGAAAAAGUAAUCAACAGAAUUUGGGUACCAUCAAGUCUUCAAACUUAUGCACCGAGAUUAUUGAGUUCACAAGUCCUACUGAAACUGCAGUGUGCAAUCUGGCAUCCAUUGCUCUACCUCGUUUUGUUAGGGAGAAGGGGGUUUCUAUAGAGUCGCAUCCAUCAAAACUUGUUGGCAGCAGUGGAUCAAGGAAUAGAUAUUUUGACUUUGACAAGCUUACUGAGGUUACUGCAAUAGUUACAGCCAAUCUGGACAAAAUAAUUGAUAUUAACUAUUACCCAGUUGAAUCUGCACGGAUAUCAAAUCUACGACAUAGGCCAAUAGGCAUAGGGGUUCAGGGUUUGGCAGAUACGUUCAUCUUACUUGGAAUGCCUUUUGAUUCACCUGAGGCUCAGCAGCUGAACAAGGACAUAUUUGAGACAAUAUAUUACCAUGCUUUGAAAGCUUCUUCAGAGCUUGCUGCAAAAGAAGGCCCUUACGAAACUUAUCAAGGAAGUCCAAUGAACAAGGGAAUUCUUCAACCUGACAUGUGGAAUGUUACUCCAUCUGACCGAUGGGAUUGGCCUAUGCUAAGAGACAUGAUUUCCAAGAAUGGAGUGAGAAACUCCCUUCUUGUUGCUCCUAUGCCCACUGCUUCAACUAGCCAAAUUCUUGGCAACAAUGAGUGUUUUGAGCCAUACACAUCCAACAUCUACAGUCGAAGAGUUCUAAGUGGAGAAUUUGUUGUAGUGAACAAACAUCUCCUGCAUGACUUGACUGAAAUGGGUCUGUGGUCACCUGCCCUUAAAAACAAAAUAAUUUAUGAGGAUGGCUCAGUCCUCAGGAUUCCAGAAAUUCCAGAUCAUCUGAAGGCAAUUUACAAAACUGUGUGGGAGAUCAAGCAAAGAACACUAGUUGACAUGGCCCUUGAUCGUGGAUGCUACAUUGAUCAGAGCCAGAGCCUGAAUAUCCACAUGGAUCAACCCAACUUUGGGAAACUGACUUCCUUACAUUUCUAUGCUUGGUCAAAGGGUCUAAAAACUGGGAUGUAUUAUUUGCGUACACGGGCUGCUGCUGAUGCGAUCAAGUUCACUGUGGAUACCUCCAUGCUCAAGAAACCCAAGCCAGUGGAUGAUGAUCUAGAAGACAAAAUGGCACAGGUUGUUUGCUCCUUGGAUAAUAGAGAAGAGUGCAUGGCAUGUGGAAGUUGAAACUCUUGUUGUUCAAGUACUAAGAUAAUUUUCUUUCAGUGUGAUUGCAUCCGCUGCAUGCUCCCUUGUAAAAAGUUAUGGUGUCCAUUGUUUAUCAUUGGCCUCUUGUGGUGUCUUCCUGCCUUUUCUUUAAUGAAGAACCAUGAAAUGUUUAAGAGAUGGUGUAGCAUAUCCCCUGCACUGCUGCCUCAGCUUAUGUGGUGCCGUGAUGCCAAAUCUACUUGCAUAUGGUAUCAUAAUUGUAUUUCUAGCUCUGUAUAAAUAUGGUGAGGAUUUACAUAGAAAUCUCUUCUUUUUUUUUUUGUCAUUUUAUCAUUGACUAUCUUGCAUAUUUGGAUCAGACAAUUCAAAUGCAAUAUAUAUGUUAAAAAUUC